CUGGGGCCCCGGGCGAUGGCCGCGGAGCUGGCGAUGGGCGCAGAGCUGCCCAGCAGCCCACUGGCCAUCGAGUACGUCAACGAUUUCGACCUGAUGAAGUUCGAGGUGAAGAAGGAGCCGCCCGAGGCCGAGCGCUUCUGCCACCGCCUGCCGCCUGGCUCGCUGUCCUCGACGCCCCUCAGCACGCCCUGCUCCUCGGUGCCCUCUUCGCCCAGCUUCUGCGCACCUAGCCCGGGCACCGGCGCCGGCGCGGGCGGCGGGGGCAGCGCGCCUCAGGCCGGGGGCGCCCCGGGGCCGCCGAGUGGAGGCCCCGGCACUGUCGGGGGCGCCUCAGGAAAAGCGGUGCUGGAGGAUCUGUACUGGAUGAGCGGGUACCAGCACCACCUGAACCCCGAGGCGCUCAACCUGACGCCCGAGGACGCCGUGGAGGCGCUCAUCGGCAGCGGCCACCACGGCGCGCACCACGGUGCGCAUCACCCGGCGGCCGCUGCGGCCUAUGAGGCCUUCCGAGGCCAGGGCUUCGCGGGCGGCGGCGGCGCGGACGACAUGGGUGCCGGCCACCACCACGGCGCUCAUCACACUGCCCACCAUCACCAUUCUGCCCACCACCACCAUCACCACCACCACCACCACCACGGCGGUGCAGGCCACCACGGUGGAGGCGCGGGUCACGGCGGAGGCGGCGCGAGCCACCACGUGCGUUUGGAGGAGCGCUUCUCCGACGACCAGCUGGUGUCCAUGUCUGUGCGGGAGCUGAACCGGCAGCUCCGCGGCUUCAGCAAAGAGGAGGUCAUCCGACUGAAACAGAAGCGGCGCACGCUCAAGAACCGCGGCUACGCGCAGUCGUGCCGCUUCAAGCGGGUGCAGCAACGGCACAUUCUGGAGAGCGAGAAGUGCCAGCUCCAGAGCCAGGUGGAGCAGCUGAAGCUGGAGGUGGGGCGUCUGGCCAAGGAGCGGGACCUGUACAAGGAGAAAUACGAGAAGUUGGCGGGCCGGGGCGGCCCCGGGGGUGCGGGCGGGGCCGGCUUCCCUCGGGAGCCUUCGCCUGCGCAGGCGGGCCCCGGUGCGGCCAAAGGCGCGCCCGACUUCUUUCUGUGAGCGCCGGACCCUGGACCUCGCCGCCGCCGGGGACAAGUUUGCGCAGGCCGCCCCGGCUUCGGUUCGGACUCUGAGGCCCGUGACGCUCGCGCUGCCAGUGCAACCGCAACUGCGACGGUCCUCCCGUCCGCCCUGCGCGCCCCGCCGCGAAGCCCCAGCUCCAGGUACCUACCGCGGUGCGCCUUCUUCGCCCGGCCCAGCUCUGAGCGUCUUAGCGGUCGCUGUCUAGACGUUGCCAGGGUCUCUCGGCGCCCAGGGAACGGUGAAUACUAGGGAAGCCCGAGCCAGGUCUGACUUACUCGGCCGAGUCUACUUGUACAGACGUGGAGCGCAGUUCUGCGUCCAGACCUCUUCCCACCCGCUCGCGGUAGCCACCGCCGGACCCGCGCUCUUCCGUCGUCUUUCUUUCUGCCUCUCAUUCCUUACCCUGUUUUUACUCCUCCUUCUCCUUUUUAAAACAGUCUUAUUUUCUCAACAUUAAUAUUUAUUUUGCUUGGUAAUUGAAAAACCCGGAGGAAUCCCCUGGCCCCCAUGAGCCCUCGGAGGUCGGCGAGUGCCCGCAUGUGCCCUUGCUCUUUCGCUCCGAGGGGGCCGGCCCUGCCUGCCUUCCAGCCCGCUUGUCCCCUCCCUAUCCGCUGCUCCCUGCAGAGGAAGCGGAGGAACUUACCUGCGUGUCGGUCCCAAUGCCCUGCUAUACUCGA